AAAAUUCCAAGUAUUGGACCUUUCUAUAGAAAUGAUUCACGUCAGAUAAUAUGUACAGGUUAGUUGGGGCAGUUUGAUAUUUGGUAAAAUGGACCAGAAUCUUCUAGGCUUGUUUUUCGGGACGGUUUUAGCUGUGAUCGUGGUCAGCGGCCAGUUUCAUCUGGGUCGCCCAAUCGUAGACAGUCCGGAAGCCCACGCCAUUUUUGCAGCGGCUGAAAGAAACCGGACCCCAGAUGGUUUCCUGACCAAAGUAGAGCUUGACGACAUAUUUCAGACAUUUGACCACAACAUGGAUGGCAUUGUGGAUGAGCAAGAAUUUAUAUACAUAUGGAGAUCUCGGCAUUUGGGAGAUAUAUCGCACGCCAUUACCCUUUUCCACCAUGCCGAUACGGAUCGCGAUGACGUCAUUUCCAAAGUUCCUGAUCUGACACGUGUUUUCUACUAUUUUGAUCGGGAUCAAGAUGGAAAAGUUAGCGAAGAAGAAUUCGUUCUAGUCUGGAUGUCCUUGUCAAUGUAAUCAAUGAAUCGCAUAACAAAAUAAAUAGAAGAAACAGAAUCAA